GACAUUAGUUUUAAGUAGCUAGAGCACACCUAAAAUAUAUGGGCCGUAAAUUUUACACCUACAUGCUAUUUUAAUCUGUUGAAAUUUUGUAGGAACUGAAAUCAUGCAAGAAAAAUUUUCGUGACCUCAUGAGGAAGUAUAAUAUUUAUUGUCUGUUGAAUAAAUUUGGUAAUAGGAGUUUUAUUUUGACUUAAGAAGAGGCUGUAUAGUAAGAAUUAAAAAAAUAUAUACAAAAAUAUAUUAAAUUUUUCCGUAUUAGAAUUUACAUCACUCUAAUUCUGAGAAACUGCUUUUUGAAAUUGUGAAAAUACAUCGAAGUCCUAAUACCACCCCCGUCCCCCAAAGGGUGCUCAUAGACAGGGUCAAUAACAUUUAAGAGCUACAAAAAUAAGGAUUUACUAUCCUACCAUUAAUCAUAUUCUAUAUUCUAACACGAUAUUUCUGUGUAAUUAUUUUCAUGCGUGUUCGUGUUGUUUAUUAUUAUUUACUACAUUUAUAAUUUAAUUUAAACAAACAGGCGUCCUUGACUAGUAUAUAAUACAGUUCCUUGUUAAAAAAGUGGCACCAGAAUGCACCAGAUUGAUAUCUACGACAACUAGGUCAAUGAAUAACUUAAUAGUGUCGUCUGUUGCAUGAUUUUUCAUGCCAUAUACGAUUAUGUGCAGGAUGUUUGUCAUUCCCGUAAACGUUACACGUAUAAAGUCACUAAAAAAAAAUAAGUUGAAACUCACACAUCUGAGGCAAAUAAGAAUUAUAAUAUUUUAAGUAGUUCGCUAGAUGUAGUUUAUUUUAAUUGGCAACAAAUGUUUAUUUAAUUUAACUGAUUGAGAUUUAUGGAAAGUUAAACAGAAUGUUGCUGUAAAUUUAAGCGUUAAAUAUCGCACUUGUGUCCGGAGCUUAAGGCCAUCUGUCAUCUGAUCAACCACGUGGUCGAAAACCCGCAGUUCGGCAACCAGGAAUACAGCGAAUAAAAAAUCGAAAUGAUUUGACAAGUUCACAUGACGCAUGCCCGUUAGUGUCGGCAUCACAAUAUGGCAGUGUUUUUGAAAAUAAUCUAUGAAAUAUCAGCUGUUUCAUUGUGAUUGUUGACAUACUUUAGUAUUUUAAUGGGACUCGUAGCCAUGUGCCAUUUACCAUGGGAGCAAUUGCAUCUGUGCUGCAAUGGCAUUGCACCUUUUGCAGCUUGAUCAAUCCCACAGAGCAAUUAAAAUGUAUUAGAUGUGGGACAAAAAGGCUCUCUAACAAAGACACAUCCUCGUUUUCUGAUACCUGUAAUUUCGGAGCCAGCAGAAAUUGCACGGUAAUACGCCGACUUAAGUCAUCAGAAACGAAAACUCGCCUGCACUUGACCAGUGAUUUGGAUAAAAGAAACUGUUCUGCUUUGGUUAAAAAUUUAGUCAUCAACAACUUAUUACUUUUAAAAGAAAAUUCAGUUGACCUACAUUCCAAUUUAAAAAGAUCAUCGAGUCUGCCUUGUCUUACAGAGCCUCUCAGUAUCUGCAACAAUUGUCAGGUCUCUUUUAAAACAACAACAGACAGAUGUAUACUCUGCGACUCUAAACUAGAUAUGAUGAACAUCGCUGAAUCUCCUUGUAAGAUCUGUUCACUUACUCCUGUAGAGCAUUACCGCAGCUAUGAUAUAUUAAAUUGUGAUAGACCUCCAAUAUGUAAAUGUCAAAGGAAUAAAUCUUUAUCGCUUAUUAAAAGUUUAAGUUGUUCUGUGGCCCAAAAAAGCAGCUGUGAUUCAACAAUAGACGGCCAGCAACCUAACAACAUUAGGACUACGGCCAGUGGUAUAAACAAUGACUCUUAUCCUAGCAGUAACUAUAUGUGGACAGUUAAGAGUGCAAUGCCAAACGCCACUUGGACUUGUAAGCGGUGUACAUUGUUAAAUAGUGCUAGUUUUACCGUAUGUGAAGCAUGUGAAUCACCAUAUUCGCCUGAUCUAAAUAGCAAUAUAAGUCCCAGUGUCUUCAUCAAGGUGGACAAUUGGGCAGAUAACGAAGCCUUGCGGAAUUCUAGUCAUAAGCCUAUCUACAGGAGAUCAUUCUCAGAGCUGCCAUCAUCACAAAACCUUCAUAUCCCUAACCUCAAUCGGAGGAGCCUAGAGAGUAGCUUACAGUCGAAUAUUCCAAAGUCGAGUACCUCUAUGACUGAUAUUCAGUCCUCACAGCAUUCCCAGUUAUUUGACAAUUUUAACACUAAGGCAGGGAAGAAUCUGAAUCGGAGCACGAGUGAUAUUACCAAAGAAACUGGAAUCAGUAAUACCUUGUAUACUUAUAUAGGAAUCUCGGAACCUGAAAAAGAGAAACAUUUCUACGAGAACCACACCGUGAUAGAUGCACAGAAGAGGACCAUGGCUUUUGACGCCGAGCAGCAUGAACGAAUAAUGCAAGUGUUGAAACAAAACAACCCGACAAAAACCACCUGGACGGUAAACGAGAGGCGAUGGACCUGUCACCAGUGUUCUUUCGCUUACAAUGGCUUUAAUGCUGAAAAAUGUGAUAUAUGUAAAAGUUGGAGAUCCCCACCGUCGUUGAAUCAACCGUGCACUGUAACCGUGACGGAAGAUAGAAGCAUUAGCGGCCCCUCGCCUGCAUCGAUAAACUGGAACAACACAGUUGACAUACAAGUCCCCAUCGCAACUUUAGAUCAGGAUCUCGAUGACGAUUUCCAACUUUUACCAGGUCAGGACAGUCCGACGGCUGCCGAGGACCAGAAAUGGACCUGCAAGAAAUGCACCUUAGUGAACAGCGGCCGAUCUCUGGUCUGCGAGGCAUGUUACGGUUCGAAACUGCGCUCCGUCACGAUCAACAACGAUAUGACACUGAAGAAAGGGGAAUUUUGGACUUGUUCCAAGUGCACCUUAAAGAACGUGUUAACCGCCACGUCUUGCAAGGUGUGCAAGACGGAAAAAGUAAGGUUGGAAAUCGGGAUGCCGUCUAGGAGCCCUUCGCCAAGACACGGCGGGGUGAAGAAGCACAGCAAGAGCUGCGCCAGUACCAAAGUUAGUAGUGACCAAAGAAUAACGGCGAUUACGAAGAUGAGUAAGGGUAGAGUUAAUCUGCAGACGGAUAUGGAUCAAUCCACCCCUGUCGCCCCGGGGCCCUACCAGCCCUGGCAGUGCAUGAUAUGCACGUUCGUCAACACAAAAUCGCACGUGUUCUGUGAUAUGUGUCAAAGAAUGCGAGACGACGUCAAUUCUAGAUUCCCCAAAGACCCGCCCAGACUAACUCAGGAAGAACUAAGCAACAAACACUGGAAUUACAUCGUCAGGUACUGCAAGCUGAAGAAGCAGAGUUACGUAGACGACGAUUUCCCCCCGAUGCCAACUAGUUUGUACUACAACCCCUCGGAAGUGAAGGACGCUCACACGAUCAAGUGGAAGAGGCUGAGGGACAUAGUCGUGGAAGAGGACAAGGAGUUAGCGUGGGCAGUCUUUAGGAGGCCGCAACCUUCCGAUAUAUCCCAAGGAGUUCUGGGAAAUUGCUGGCUUCUGAGUGCCUUAGCCGUGCUAGCCGAGAGAGAAGAUCUAGUUAGAGCCGUUCUCAUAACGAGAGACUUCUGCCACCAAGGCGUAUAUCAAGUAAGGUUGUGCAAGGACGGCCACUGGACCACAGUCCUGGUCGACGAUUACUUUCCAUGUGAUAAAAGAGGCCACCUGUUCUACUCACAAGCGAAACGCAGACAGCUCUGGGUCCCCCUGAUUGAAAAGGCAGUGGCCAAGAUCCAUGGAUGUUACGAGGCUCUAGUGUCGGGCCGAGCGAUAGAAGGCUUGGCUACGUUAACCGGGGCGCCCUGCGAGAGUAUACCGUUACAGGCCUCAUCUAUGCCGGCCCCGGCAGAAGAGGAACUGGACAUUGACCUCAUCUGGGCUCAGUUAUUGUCAUCUCGACAAGCUCUGUUUUUAAUGGGAGCGUCAUGCGGCGGGGGAAACAUGAAAGUAGACGAAGUAGAAUACCAAAACAAAGGCCUAAGACCCCGGCAUGCCUACUCCCUUUUGGACGUAAGAGACAUCGAGGGUUACAGAUUAUUGAAACUCCGAAAUCCUUGGGGACAUUUCGUGUGGAAAGGGGAUUGGUCGGACGAGUCUACUCUGUGGAAGAGACACCUUAGGCAGGAACUGCUGCCGGACGGACCCCAGGACGGUACUUUUUGGAUAUCUUUCGCGGACGUAUUGAAAUAUUUCGAUUGCAUAGAUAUCUGUAAAGCGAGGAGUGGUUGGAACGAAGUCAGGUUAACGGGCACGCUGCCGCCACUUGCUAGUCAGGAACAUUUGUCUUGCAUUUUGCUCACUAUUCUAGAACCAACCGAGGUUGAUUUUACGCUCUUUCAGGAGGGUCAACGAAAGUCUGAAAAAUCCCAGCGGUCUCAGCUAGACUUGUGCGUGGUGCUUUUUAAGGCUAGAGUAGGAUCGACGAUAGGUAGUUUAGUCGAACAUAGCAAGAGGCAAGUAAGGGGCUUCGUCGGGUGCAAUAAGAUGCUGGAAGCGGGCGAAUACGUGGUGGUUCCUCUGGCGUUUAACCACUGGCAUACGGGUCUCGACGAUGUUACGGCAUAUCCAAGGUAUGUCCUAGCGAUUCACAGUUCGAAAAAACUCCUAGCGGAGAACAUCCAACCUCCAAAUCACAUCCUGGCCGACGCUAUAAUAUCCCUCACCUUGGCCCGCGGCCAGCGUCAUGAAGGUCGGGAAGGGAUGACAGCCUACUAUCUCACCAAAGGCUGGGCGGGUCUGGUAGUGAUGGUGGAAAACCGCCACGAAAAUAAGUGGAUCCACGUAAAAUGCGACUGUCAGGAAAGUUACAACGUCGUGUCCACCAGGGGCACUUUAAAAACGGUGGAUUCCGUUCCGCCGCUGACCCGUCAGGUCAUAAUAGUUUUGACCCAGCUGGAGGGCAGCGGGGGGUUCUCUAUCGCGCACCGUUUGACGCAUCGACUUGCUAAUUCACAGGGUUUGCACGACUGGGGCGAGCCGGGCGCUUGCCACGAUCCGGAGCUGGAUUCUGAAACGCUCGGGUUGCAUUCACCGCGUUUGUUUUAAUUGGAUAUUCCUUUUAUUGUAGAUAUUGUUUUUGCUCUCUAUUUACGUACAACAAACCGAGAAUGUGAUUAUUGAUUUCCGAUUGGCUUGAGUGCGGUUCAAACGGUUUUAACGGCUGAAAAUUAUUCUCCUUCGACACGUUUUGAGUGAUUGUUCACGAUUUAUGUACGUUUUAGAAGUUCUUGACUCAAUUCAAUUUGUGUGAAUCGAUAACUUUCUAUCUUUGAAUUUCCGGUAUUAACUAUUACGGUGUGUCAGCAUUUCGCUAGAUUUGAUAUUUAAAUUUUUGAAAAAUCAGUUUGUUGUUCGUAAACCAAACAAAGUCUGAGUUUCAUGUUCCGUGUUGUCGUUAAUUUAAUAUAUCAGCGAAUAUCUGUUCUUGUUUCUCGUUUUCGUUUGGAAAAAUUUUUAUUUAACCAUAAGAAACUCGUAAUAUUAUCACUAUAUAAAGUUGUUAAUCACUGAUAUUUGAUGUGUUCAUAUUGUUUUUAGUAUAAACCGGUUAGACACAAAAAUCACAUUCGGAAUUUUUUUUCUUCGUAUUUUUUAGCAUCUCCCAGUCUUGUGUACUCGAUAAAUCAAAGUUGUGAUUGAACUGCCAAUAUUUUCUAUCAAAUACUUCCAAGGUGUCGCACUAACUGGUCUAAAAAUUUUUAAAUCGGUGAUAUUUUAUAUUAUACAAAUAUUGAAAUUUUCAUUUAUGA